GCCGCGGCGCGUAGUGUUCCCGCGCCCACCCAACCGUUUCGAUACUGUACACAUAUCAAAUUUCACGCGAAAAUUUGAUAUCGUCGUCGUUUUUGUGAAGUGUUUUGAAAAAGUUCGCGCGUUUGCCGGUAAAUGUUUCAAGUUUAUCCGACUUUAGAAGUUCCUUAGAGUUUGUGCUUGGAAUUAUUUUAUUUGCGCUACUGUGUUUUUUGUUGCCCAGUGAUAUGAUUGCAACCGUUUAGUUUUUGUAACAAAAAUGUAGAUAGAUCAAAAGUAGGUAGCACCUACAUUUAUUAAAGUACGAUGUCCAUUGACCAGGCGUCACCACUGGUGCCGAUCAAACCUCAAGUAACGCUGCAGAACAGUGCGUUUAUAAAGAACAGUCAUAACCGGAGCAGUUUUUGUGGGGUGGCACCAUCGCCGAACGGUAAUGGAACGUUCAAAACUUUCGCCGUCAAUCGCAAGAGUUGGAGUGGAAACGUGACUCUUCCGCUCCAGCAGUUCACGCCUGAUGUGGAACCAACUCCGCUGUUGGGAACUUUUCGUUCAGGAACUGGAACGUUCCCGAGGAACCGGGAACGGAACAAUAAUACUACAAACGGAAUAUUAACACCUAACGGGAACUCUGUUCAGACGUUCAAAGGAAAUGAAGUGAGGAGGUGCGGAAGCUCCAACGGCCGACGUUACGCUGAGAUCGGAAACUGGAAUAAAAGAAAUGCGACAUUCCUCGAGCCACAUCUCCAGGGCAUAAGAAGACGUGACAGCAGAAGUUCAGACUCAGAUCACGAUGAGCGCUCCACCGAAGACGACGAGAGGUCCCUGCUUCGAAGCUCACCGCGCACGAGGCUCCCCCCUCCUCCGCCGCCACCGCCUGACGACGACCCACCCCCGCUGAAGCCUAGAGAGUUCUUUGAAAGACUUCAGACUCAAGCGAUGCGGGAAGCCCAAGAAAGAAAACAUAGACCAAGAGACUUACCAAUUAAAGACUCCAACCAACUCUUCAGACCGGUCGACGCUGACGGCAGUCUAGGAGACAGCCUUAGUCAGAGUCGAGAAAGUCUGUCAUCAGACGGCGAAGGCGCUCGAGGGGACUGCUCGUCCGUCGACUCCUCAGGGUCAGGAUCAGAGGAACAACCACCAUGCGACAUCGGGCUUCUGGAGCGACUGAUCAGGACGCACCCUGUAUGGUUCCUGCCCGGCAUUCAGAGGGCCGGAGCCUUCCAUUUGCUCCAAGGAAAGGAGGAAGGGAACUUCGUGGUGCGUCAAUCCAGUCAGCCCGACACCAUGGCUAUCAGUGUCCGUCUACCGGCAGACAAGGGACCCUAUAUCGAGCAUUAUCUUAUCCAGGCUGCAAGUGGCCGCAUCGGGCUGGAGACCUCACACAACCGCUUCGAUAACAUACCUGAGCUCAUUGCACACUAUUCACAAUGCUGUGACGAGCUCCCAGUGCAAUUGCAAUUACCUCGUCCACUUCGAGAAGCAAAAAGUCGUCAUCAACUCAGUUCUUUAGCUCUUCUAGGACAAGAGUUCUGGGGUUAUCCGAUGGCAAACCCGAAGAACAAUCCGAACAAUCUACUUUCUCCUUGUCAGCUAGCUAAUGGUGUGAUUCCAAUGGCCGUUACGCCCUCCGAUACGGGAUCUAGUCUUAGCAGUUUUAAUGCCAGUACCCGAACCAAUUCCCGUGAACACAUCCUCAGCCCCGACAAAGAACAAAAUGUAGUACUAAAGAUGUCUCCGAUAGAAAAUUCAGGUUCCCCACCGACUCAAAACCAGAACCUCAGCACUUUCAAAGGAAAGACUGCGCCAUCACCACCAGCCAAACCGAACAGCGCAUUCGUUAGAGCGCCUAGACCUACCCCACCAAAUACUUUGAACCUUAUGUCUAGUACCGCGCAUAUAACACAGCCUCAUACAUUUCCGACAACCAACACGCAACAUUCUCCCACCCAAUUAAACAACAUAAAAAUGACACCACCUCCUCCACCACCACGGUGGGCUAAACCGCCAUUUUCCAAGCCAUCCUUAUCUCCAAAAUCGGAAGCUUUCAGCCCCAUUAACAAAGUAUCACAGAACGGAAACAUAACAGUCACUACCACAGUUACAUUCUGUGUCAAUAACACACAAAUUCACAAUCAUCAAAUCAAUGAAAGCAUACAAAGUGACAGGUUACAACUAACGCUUGCGUCUAAUGCAGUCAAUAACAACAGUAGCGCAGACUCUGUAUUCAGCAUCAUGGAUACAGGAAAAAAUAUUGCUGAUGCUAAUGGAGAAUCCCAGAAUAUGAUGCACCGCAUGUCACCAGAGGGAGAGUGCAUCAAUGCAAUGACAGCUAGUUUGCACGGGAGCUUCAAACGUCAAAUGACUGAACAGAAUAAUGUUGAACCAGGAUCGCCAAUAGAGCCACAGUCUCAGACAAAUACAUCGGAUUCAGCGGAUCCGAUUGUAAACAGUUUGACCAAAUCUAGCAGCACUUUUGCUCCUAAUCAAUUAGUGUCUCCCAACGGCACAAACUCUGUUACAAGUGGCAUAUUUUCUCCAACGAGUCAGAUUAAUUCCCCUGUUUCUAACGACACGAUUUCUUCUAAAAGCGGGGUCUUUUCUCCUUUGAGUCAAACUAACAAGAGUGAGAUCUUUUCUCCUAUAUCGAGAAGUUCCCCAAUAUCAGGGAAAAAUGUUUUCUCGCCGACGUCCAACCAGUCAAUUAUAUCUCCGAUGAUGGGGAAAGACCGUGACAAAGUUCUGUCUCCAAAUACGAAUACAACGAGCACUACGCCGUCUGGUAGAUCGAGGAGGAGUAAGCACUCCCACCGAAAGGAGUCCAAACAUUAUCAGGAAUCUGAUAUCCUAGAAUCUCCAGGGGUGUAUUGCCGAAGUUCGCUAAUUGACAAAGUAUCAGACUAUGAAGAUAUUUGGGGACCAGAAAGCAACAGUUGCUCUACUUUUAAGCCGCUGAAAGCAGAAAAUGAAAAUAACAUUCACAAUGGUCUGAUGAAAAGUAAAAGACCAGACCUUUUGCCAGACACAUUACCCAAACUAAAUGCAGCAAAAAGUACACAAUCCAUAUUGGAAAAAGAAAAUAUACUUCUACUUAAUUCAAAUGAAAGUCUAAAUGAAAAGAAAACCCUUUCGGACAGCUCGCUGAAGAAGAGCUUUAGAGGUUCAAAUGAAAUUAUAGCAACUACCAACAGCAAGGGAGAUAUAAUACCAAAGAGGCCAGAUAAACUUAAUAUUUCUAUGAAUAUGAACAAGAAAUUGACUGAAGAGAUUGAAGCUGUUAUUAAAAUUAGGGAGAACUAUAGUUCUGAAAGUAUGGAGACAAUGAAAUUAGAAGACGACUGUGCACUAAAUUCUAUUGGUGAUGAGUCUGAAAAGGAUAAUGCUGGCAGCCCCUUCUACGCUGAUCCUGUAGAUGCAUUAAAGGAAGCUGCCUUGCCACAAGUGCAACGACGAAAGCUGCUGAGGGUCGGAGUAAAUCUGUCCCAACGCUACUCAGAACCGCCGACCCAGAAUCAUCCGUAUUACCCUUUGCGUGACAUGCAUAGUAUUGAAGAGCUCUCUCCAUCGUCGCCAAAUACGUCAUCAUCGGUGGAUAACCUGAUGUCUCUGCGGAGCAAACCGAAGAUGAAGCCAGUACAGCCGCCACGAAUCGCGAACAAGCCACCCACAGGCAAGAACGACCAGACUUGGACCGUUGAUUCCAGUUGGGAGUUUAUAAACAAGAAUGAAGAAGGUUCAAACGGUGAAAACGGAACGUUCCCCUCGCUGGCCGAGCAGGAAUGUCGGCUGAGUGCUGUCGACGAUGGCACGCAGCAUCUGACUGUACAUCAAGUGGUAGCACAGAGAUUCCCUGAUCUACGGCUGAAUGCUGAGCCAACGAUGUUACCAGAAGAAGUGAGAUCGCCGCCAAGAGCUUCGUGUUAUGACAACGUUCACGAUCUGAGGCCCUUAUCUGAACAGGCGAGCGACGAUGGCACAGUAUUUUCCGAACCUUGGGACAGCUCGCAGUGGGACGGGCUGAUUCCUCCUUCGAAUGGCCACCAAAUCUAUGAUAAUGACGAACCUUGUGAAUGGGAGUCUCCCAUCCCGAGGAGAGGACCAACUGUUGCCACGAGGGCGAAAAGCUUCAGGGACCGACUGGAUCCAUUACUGGCGGCAGGAAGAGUGCGUGCUUUACGCGGCGGCCGACAGACGCGCGGCGCGGGCGCUGCGCUGAGGGCGUAUGCGCUACACCUAGCGCAAGACAAGAGCACGACGUUUGCGCAGAACAUCGACAACUUUAUAGCAUGUACCCUCGAUUCUAAGGAUACUAGUCCGCAGGUAAUGAUGCGCAACAUGAGGCAGUUUAUGUCAGGAAUGAAGAACUAUCUGGUCAAGCACGGCGAGAGGGAGUUCGAGAAAGAAGUUGAAAAAGAACGGCUCAAGCUAAAACCAACGGAGUUCCUGAACUUGGACGCCAUCUUAGAAGGAGUCAUGCAUCGACUGGUGGUGCGGCCUCUGCGCGCGCGCCUCUAUUCGCUGCUGGCCGCGUGGCACUCCGCCGAUGUGAGGCGGCUACACGCUGCUAUUGAACGAGCUCAACAUGCCACGCCAUUACAGCUGGGGAUUAAGGAAUCUACAAAGGUACCUUCCACGGCUGUGCUGGCAGUGAUCUCGAAGCAUUUCCUUAAGAUGCAAGAAGCUGACUCGCCCCUGGACAAGCUUGAGAACCUACUGGCAGCCAUAUCAGUCAUGUUUAAUGCUAUCCGUGGCGAACGAUCCGUAGGCGCAGACGAUCUACUCCCCGUUCUCGCGUGGACGAUCGCUCGCAGCCGUCUAGUCUGUGCGGAGCUCGAAGCAGAACUGAUGGCUGGUCUACUGCCAGCCGCGUUGUUGGCGGGAGAGGGGGGAUACUAUCUGACUGCGUUGUUCUCUGCGGUGGCAGUCUUGAAGAGACUGGCGCCUGAACCGCAGCCUGAUAGUACUACGCCUUGGCGUCGAGGCUCAGUAGACACAACCCGCGAACAGUGUCCAGUCGCCGUAGUCCGGGUGGUGCUCCCAGACGAGUGCCGCGGCUCGAUCCGCCGCGUGCCUGUGCCGUGCCGGCCCGGCGCGCGCGCGCGGGACCUGUGCCGAGCGCUGGCACACGCCGCCGCCAUCACUAACCCGCAAGACUAUGCGUUGUUUGCGCUACAUGAUGGACAUGAAACAAUGCUAAAUGAAAACGACUGCCCUCAAGAGGUGAUGUCAGAGAAAAGCGGACAGAACUUCACUCUGGCCUACAGGAGAAUAGAUGCUAAGAUCGCCUGGCCUCAGCAGGCCCUUCUAUCUUACCCUUAGACUGCUUGCACACCUAGCAAUACGAAGCAACAGCAAUCUCUUAGCAAUAGAAAAUACACAAAAUAUUUUCAAGUAAAACAUCAAUUACAUUCACGAACGAAUCGAUUCUUCGAUUCGGUUGUCAAUCAUGCUCAUUAUCAAUAAGACAUCAACUAUAUUUCGAACGGAUGAAAUCUAUAUUUUUAUCACCAUAAUAAUAAAAUCAAAGUGAUAUUUUAUUCAACUGAUUUUGUAAGUGCUAACGUUUUCUAAGCUUACCCUACUUAUAAGUACAUCGCUUAUAGGCAAUAUUUUUAAAGCGUCGCUACUCAACGAGCAUACUAAUGUCAUAUAACAGUAGCUUUUUUACUCAGUAAUGUAUAAGUACCUAAUUUUUAUAAUUAUAAUCUGACUGAACUUCGGGACGUCGCUCCCAAUUUUGUACAUUUUGUAUCGCGUGGGGAGCUAUCAUUCGGUGGAUGUGAUGUAUGGAGAAAAUGUUCACCAUUUUUUUAUGAUAUUUGUGUAGUACCUACACCUAACUCGAUGUUCGCAGUUAGGGGCUAAUCGUGCUGCCUUAUAAAGGCAGCUUUUAUUUUCUUCAAGUGUGCGUUUGUGUAUGUUCCUAAAUUUCGACGCGUAGGUACACUAAAUAAACUCACCAAAUUGUUGUUUUAGUUUAAUAAAUUUUAAGUAUUUCUUUAAACAUUUCUAGUACUAAAAUUUACUUUUGAAGUAUCUAUACAUAUUUUUAACUCUUACUAACUUGUUUAUGAACUGUGAUGUUAAUCGUAUUAAUUAGUAAUACUAUAAGGUUUUGUAUUAAUUUUUGUAUAUUCGUAGAGCUGUUUCUUAAUAUAAUUUAUUUAUAUGUAACAUUAAGGUACCAACAAAAAGUUUUAAAAGUAAAAGGUAAAUUAUAACAAGUCUGCAAAAACUAUCCAUGAUUGUACUAAAAAUGGAUAGUUUAUCAAUGCUAACUUUCUAAUAAACAAUAGGUCAUUUUGCAGAAAUCCGUUAGAAUUUACCUAUUAUUUUAUAACGUAUUCAGAUGAAACAUUGCCUUACAUUUCUUCGCGGACAAUAUUUUUGUAGUUCGUAUAAUAAACAGUGCAAUCGGAAUUAAUGGGUACGAUUUGGAGAAAUGAUUGAAUUAGUUGAAAUAAGUAGCAUGAGUAGGAAAUCAUAAGUACCUAGUAACUUCUUCCACUGCCAAGUAAAGCAUUCGAUAAGACCUAUCCUGUUUUUGCUGUUUUCGAAGAGCAAUUUAAAACGUUGAAUUUUCCAAUAGAUAAGUUUUCAUUAAAUGCAUGUUCUUUCACGCUUCAUUUAGCUAUCAUAAUCAUUUAAAUACAAUACGACACUUCUAUCAUCAUGAUACCCUUUUUGGCGCUCGAACUGUUUCCUGAGAAAAUCUCUCAAAUUGUGGAAGAUAUGACAUCGCACCUGGAUGUUAUUGUUUAUUCCUACCUAAUUUAAUUGUAUUGUCGAUCAUGCCUUCUCCAUUGUUUAAAGACUGAAUCUUAUUAUAAGCCCUCUUCUUUUUCAUUGCUUUGAAAAAAUGUAGACGGAUUCCUAAGAGUCAACCUAUACUGCCAUAGUUUUUAUGUUUUAAAAACUCACUGUGUGAGAAUUUAAGAACAACAAAACCUUUUAAUAUUUCAUAAGCAUUUCUCCAAGACUCGUACAUUCACAACAGUACAUUGUAGUAGGCAACCGAUUCUGGAUAUGUGACCGGCGUUCGCGCACUGUAAAGCGCGCCAUUUUGUAUUUAUUACGUCACUCUUAUUAACGUUAGUUGUAAAACACGUAUAUUGUGUUUUGAUAAAGUUUUCAGUCAUAUUGUGAAAGGAGUAAAUGGAUUUUUACCAAAUUUAA